CAUCCUGUGUGAAGAGUGUCACUAGAUGAAAGGUCAGGAGGUCAGGAACAUUAACAACAGAUGUAACACAUCUGUCCACUCAUGUUCUGGACGGAUGACUUUCUGCCCCCCCCCCCAACAGUGACAUAAUGUUCUGAUUAUUAUAUAUCCAGGUGGAUGUCGUGUUUUCAGGCACUCAUAGGUAGUUUAUUACACAAUAAGAAUAAUCAGUAGAGUGUGCUAGAAGUUCUAAAAAUGGGAAAGUGUUGACCUGACGUCACAGAGUUUACAACAUGAUCAUACUGUAAUCUCUGUUGACUUCUUUGCAGUGUCUGUGUGUGUAUGUGUAUGUGUGGGUGGACAGUAAAUCAGCUGACGGGGUUUACUCGGGGUCAAUAGAUUAGUGUUCCAUGUAGUUCUCCUUAGAGCACCACCUCUAAUUUAACCUGCAGUCCAGUGAAGCUUCACACACAUAAACACACACCAGAGAGGAAACAAAGUGUCGUUGCAGCUCUAACCAAACACAGAAUGGAUGGUGUCCCUCUGAAGAUGCCACAGGCUGUCUCACAGGAAGUCAAAGAAGAUAUGAAAAUCAUUAUCCCUGAUUAUCUCACCAUACUACAGGAGAACGAGUAUGAGUUCAGUCUGGAGAACUGGGUCUUAACUGGGCUGCAGAGUGGCUUCACCAGGCAGCACUGGCCUCAGCUCUCCUCCUCUUCAUCAGGACUGCUGCCAUCUUGUCCUCCAUACUGGAUGAUGUUCAGUAGCCCUCAGCAGAGCCGCCUGGCCAGCCGCCAUAACUCUGACUUCUGGGAGCCCAACCCUCGACAGCGCUCUUAUAGCCUCAACCCUGCCGUGCUACGCCCCAAGUUCACCAUCUCAGACUCUGACGACGAAGGGGAGAAUGCAGCACAGAAAACUCAGACACGUGUGUCAGUGACAAGCCAACGAAGUGGAGAGCCUCCUGCUGCUUCACAUCAGCGUUGUCAGCAGAAAGCACCGAAAGCCUUCGUCCCAGACCUGCUGAACCCUCCGACCUGUCUGAGUAGCCUUCCGCACCAGCGCAGGAAGAACCUACGACAGUGCUCCUUCUCUGUGCUGGAGAAGUCCACACAACCCCACACAAGCCAAGUUCAGAGCCCUUCCACACAAAGAACCCCCAACACCAGUACCACCAACAUCAGAGCACCCAACACCAGAGCCAAUACAAUCCACAAGCUCCCCAGCAUCACCAACCUCAACACAACACAUACGUGUGGUUCAGACUCAUCAGCAGAACUCCUGUCAGCUCUGAGCCCAGAGGAGAGAGAGCUGCUGGGAGCCAUCACAGCCAGGGGCUACCCCCUCCGUACUGCCAUCAUCGCCCUGCAGAAAACGGGCCAGCAGACCCCGGAUCAGAUCUUGAGUUACCUGGUGGCGUGUGACCACCUGUGUCAGCUGGGCUAUGACAUGGCUCAGGUAGAAGAGGCUCUGGAGAUGUUUCAAUACUGUGAGACCAAGGCAGAGAAGUUCCUUCACCUGCUGGGUCAGUUUAAUGAGAUGGGCUUCCAGCAGAACACCAUCAAAGAGGUGCUGCUGGUCCAUGAGAACCACCAGGAGCGGGCCCUUGAGGAGCUGAUGAUGCGUGUGGCAUGACAGACAGCAGAUCAAGACACACACACACACACACACACACACACACACACACACACACACACACACACACGCAUGUUGUGCUCCAAGAACAUAUUUUGAAGAAUGAAUAAACACAGGUUAUUAUGUCUGAAGAUGGACAGUGGCCUUCACAUUAUCAUGCUUUAAUCUUGUAACUGUAUGGUUGAUGAUGACGACGAUGAUGAUGUUCACACUUUGUUUUGGUAAAUAUCUUAUCUAAAGAGAUGUCAAUAGUUCUAAUUGUGAGAGGUUCAUUAAAGCUGUGCUAUGAAAUGAUA